GAGGCCCUUAUUGGUGGACAAGUACUGACCAUGCUGCAUCGUGCACGAGAAGGAGCUAUCAUUGCCAAGGAUAUUCGUGAUCUCACCGAAAUAUUCGAGGUUGCCUGGAAAAUGUUUGCUAACAGGGUAGGCAUGUGGGUUGAACAGGGGCUGGUGGACGACUGUGAAUUAGAGUUCAUGAUUUGGCCUACUGAAGCGCUGAAUUCAUCAUAUGUGCAGAAAAUAGUCACUUCGUCCACGAUACGACUUGAUUCGAAGGACUAUGUUCUUAUAGAGGAUCUCUGUCCUUCUUUUCUAAUGCGACUUCUGCCAUCGAUAGCAAAGUGUGGAAACUAUAUUUAUAUGAUGGAAAAGACCAGAAUAAGAGAUCCCCUAUCGUUGAAUUGGGGAAAGCUUGAUGUUGUUGGUCUACAAAGAAAGGUGAAAGAGAUAGAGAAGACGAAGUCAGCGUUAGUGUUGAAGCAGCUCCGCACCGCCAUUCCGUUUGAUAAUUCUGUCAGGGACACCAUGGCAUUGCUGCUGAAGUGCAGAGACCUUGAUGGCUUGAUAAGAUCAAAGGAAUCGAUUCUCUUCAAACCCAUCGAAGAAGUUUCCAAGUUUGUUUGCAAAUUCUUUGGUUGA